AUGAAAGGAGAGCGUGGUAGGCAGGGUCCUGUUGGUCCCAAAGGAGAUCAAGGAGAGAAAGGUGACAGUGGAAUCCAAGCAGGGCCACAUAACAUGUGUUCGCACUUAAACUGGAAGGAGUGCACGUUUACUAGGGCAAAAGGCAAAGAUACAGGAGAGUUAUACGUAAGUUGUCAGUUAUAUUAUAGUUACCGUAUAUGACUAAAUAAAAAUGAAUGAACUCUUAAAUUGUAAAGGUCAGUCCACUGUUAAUAAAAAUUUUUUUACAAAGGCCCAAGCGUGACAGACCGAGAAGUAUGUAUAUUGCAGUAGUAUUUGUCAAUGUGUGUUAGUGUGUUACUGUUCUGAUGAAUUUAAUUUGUCUUCUUUGAGUCGGUGAAUUGUACGACCAAUAAAUCAUCUUUUUUUUUUUAAGUUAUGUUUAGCCGAAUUCAGUUAUAUUGUAAAAGAUCGGUUGCAAGCCUUCUAAUCGAGUUUUAUACAGAUGACUUAGAAUCUGAUCACACCAAACCUUUGAUGUAAAAUAGGUGCAAAGAUUGCAAGCGUUUGCUCUCGCUCAAGGCCAGGAGUAUGGUCGUGGCCUGUACUAUGUGGCUUUAUCCAAACUUAAAAGCGGAGCUGUCUUAAUCAGCUUAUAUCAUCUACGCUGAAAAAGCGAAACCUGAAUAGAUAGUGAACUUGAGUCGUCGAUACGGUCAAUUGAUAAGUUGAAAAGAUUCAAGAUCCAAAAAUUUUAGUCGAAAUGUUCAUUUAGUUUCAAAUGUUUCUAAUGAUGCUCCUUUAUGUGCCGCGUUCUGUUAGCACUGUCAUAUUAAUCAACUUUAACUCAUUUUUUUUAUUUAACACCAACCAAUCAUAUCACUCAUUCUAUUUUCCUUGCGGCAGAGCUGUCAGUUCAUGAAGAAUUAUACACAAACGGCUCUCCAUGUCUACUUCGCUGGUAACCUUCGCAUUGCUUCCUGUGACAACUGCUGCAGUCGUUGGUAUUUCGCAUUCAAUGGCGCUGAGUGUAGUUCUCCCGGUAGAAUUGAUGGAGCGUACUAUAUGGUAACAGCAGCUGGCAAAAACCUUCACCGUCACCGUCAAAUUGAAGGACACUGCAAUAACAUUCACAAGGGAAGAGUGCGAGUGGGAUUCUGGGUUGGAAACUGA